GACACUAACAAGCACCUUCUCUGUGGCUGUUCCAGUUUGUUGACAUAACGAUUCGUCCUUGUGUUGUGUAACGUUAUGCUAUGAACGACGAGGACUGACGGAGAAAGUAAAAACAUCGCGAAACUGACCAUUUAUUGGUAAAGCAUGUCUGUAAAACAUGCCAUCAACCGUGGGGUGGAGUUGGGACGAUCGGUUAUCCAGCUAGGUCUCCUCAAACCUGCUGGUCGACUUGCAGCAAAGUUCCGAGGUGAGCGUCUUCGUGUAGGCCAACUGGCCCGAACCGUUCAGCCUCAGACUUUCCUGCCAGUUCGGUACCGAUAUUUCCGCAUGUCGUUGGGGGGUCUUGCAGCGCAGCUGCAGUCCGGUGGUUUCAGGAGGUUUGGGGGCAGCGGCUCGCCAAGAAACAGAGUAGUGUUUUUGGCUUUCGGUUUCGGUGUGGGGUUGAUCGAACAACAGCUCGAGGAUGAUCGAAGGAGUGCUGCGACAUGCCAGGAAAUCCAGGCUGUGUUUACCAAGAAGAAGUACCCCAGUCCUCUCAAGUCCUUUGCCUCGGGAUACAAGCUGGAGGACUACCUUAUUGGGAAGCAGAUAGGGAAAGGCUCCAACGCUGCAGUGUAUGAAGCUGCGGCUCCAUUCGCUGUGCCCAGGGACAGGGAGAGUGACCAGUGUUCCCUGGUGAAGCUAAAGGACCAGCCCAGUGAAGAUGAAGGAGAGGUGGUCACUGGGUCUCUGAGGAGCCCCUCCGGCUCCCUGGGCAUCUAUCCUCUAGCUGUCAAGAUGAUGUGGAACUUUGGGGCUGGUUCAUCAAGCGAGGCUAUUCUGAGAUCCAUGUCCCAGGAGCUGGUCCCUGCAGGCCCUCUCGCCAUGAAACAGGAAAAAGAGGAACAGAUUGCACUAAACGGGUAUUUUGGGGAAGUGCCCAAGAGGGUUUCUGCCCACCCCAACGUGAUCAGGGUGUUCCGGGCAUUCACAGCGGAUGUACCCCUUCUACCCGGUGCCUAUGAGGAGUACCCUGAUGUCCUGCCAGCCAGACUCAACCCUGAGGGCCUGGGCAACAACCGUACUCUGUUCCUGGUCAUGAAGAAUUACCCAUGCACCCUGCGUCAGUACCUGGAGGUGAAUGUGCCCAGCAGGAGAGAGGGCUCUCUGAUGGUGAUGCAGCUGCUAGAGGGGGUCGACCACCUGUACAGACAGGGCAUCGCUCACAGGGACCUUAAGUCAGACAACGUGCUCCUGGAGUUUGACUCAGAGGGCUGCCCCCGCCUGGUGAUCACAGACUUCGGCUGCUGCUUGGCUCAGAGUGACUCUAGUCUCCAGCUACCCUUCAACACUAUGUGGGUGAACAGAGGAGGUAACACCUGCCUGAUGGCACCUGAGGUUGUCACUGCAGUUCCUGGGCAGGGUGUGGUCAUCGAUUACAGCAAGGCAGAUGCAUGGGCUGUCGGGGCCAUUUCUUAUGAGAUAUUUGGCCAGGCCAACCCAUUCUAUGGAGCAGGUGGACUGGACAGCAGGAGUUUCCAGGAGAUCCAGCUCCCUGCCCUGCCUGCCAGUGUCUCAGCUGACAUGCAACUAGUCGUCAAGCUGCUUCUGCGUAGGAACCCCAAUAAGCGCCCCAGUGCCCGAGUUGCUGCCAACAUGCUGCAUCUGAGCCUCUGGGGAAGGCGUGCCCUUGCCAAUCAGGACAGCGCUGGCAUGAAGAAGCUAGCUGAUUGGCUGCUGUGCCAGUCUGCCAUGGUGCUCCUGAGGGGCUGCAGCCCCAGUGGGAGCUCGGUGGAGGCGGACCUACAGAGGUGCUUCCUGUCUAACCUGGACCUGGAAGACCUCCGAUUGGCUGUCAGCUUCCUCAUGUACGGACGAGAACAGGGCAGUGCCAGCAUCAUGUCUCUUUAGGUCCUCUCAGAGUCUAACCCAGAGACAUAUACACUACCGUUCAAACGUUUGGGGUCACUUAGAAAUUUCCUUGUUUUCCAUGAAAACAUACAUGAAAAUA